UACUAAUCGCUCGAAUAGGCUCUGGUUUUCUUCUCGAACAACGCGUCAUUUCCCGGUUCCCGCCCAGUUCCUUUUUGCUCUCUCGAACUCCACUAUGGGAAACUCGUCGAAGGACGAUUCCGCCAGUUCCGGCGACGCCUCCGCCGGUGACGUUCCGCCCUCCAAUUCCAGCCUUUACUCCGACGGCGAGAAAGUGCUCGCCUACCAUGGCCCUCGCAUCUACGAAGCCAAGGUGCAAAAAGCUGAGAUCAGAAAGAGAGAAUGGAAGUACUUUGUUCACUACCUUGGCUGGAAUAAAAAUUGGGACGAAUGGGUAGGUGAGGAGCGUUUAAUGAAACAUACCGAAGAGAAUGUCAUGAAACAGCAGACCGUAGACAAAAAGCAAAGUACAGACAAGAAUGUUAAAUCUGGGCGUUCAUCUCAAACAAAGGCCAAAAGUUCUACGGAUGCAAAAGGGGAUAAAGAAGACAUUAAGAAUAAUGUGUCAAAGGGGAAGAAACGAAAAAAUGAUUCAGGAGUUGAGAAGGGCAGUGUGACUGUUGAAAAGCUUGUCAAGAUUCAAAUUCCUGCAACAUUAAAGAAACAACUUGUUGACGAUUGGGACUUUGUUGCUGAGCAGGAAAAGCUUGUAAAACUUCCUCGUUCACCAACUGUUGAUGAAAUUCUGACAAAGUACCUUGAAUACAAAUCAAAGAAGGACGGCAUGGCAGCUGAUUCAAUAGGAGAAAUUUUAAAAGGAAUAAGGUGUUAUUUUGACAAAGCAUUGCCUAUGAUGCUCUUAUAUAAAAAAGAACGCAAGCAAUAUAGCGAAGCAAUUGUGGAUAACGUAUCUCCGUCAACCAUAUAUGGUGCUGAACACUUAUUACGCCUCUUUGUUAAGUUACCUGAGCUUUUAGCAUAUGUGAACAUCGAAGAGGAAACAAUGAAUCGCUUGCAGCUGAAAUUACUUGACUUUCUCAAGUUUUUGCAGAAAAAUCAGAGUACUUUCUUUCUGUCAGCAUAUGAUGCCCCCAAAAUCUCUGAAGGAAAAGGCAAGGGGAAGGAUGAGUGAGAAGCAAAGCCUAAUCUCAGUCUUCCUCAUCGUUGUAUUCUUAAUGAUUGGCAUAUGAACAAUAUCUUGUUUCCCCUAAAAAAUUCAGGGAAGAAACUCAGUUGUUGUUGUAAGAAUAUUGACUAAUUCAUUCAUUAUUUUUUUUCUAGUUUACACAAAUAUUUUGCCAACGCUGUGACACAAAUUGAAACAUUUCAUGACUCCGCUGUCUAUUAUGACCACAUAAGGUCUGUA